CAUUUCCGGUUCAUCAUUUCCUGCCGGUAAGCAACUUUCGUUGAUUUAUGGUAUAUUUUCAAAUUAUUUCUGAAUUUAUGGUAUGUCUUCUGUUUAUUACAACUGGCAUUAUAUUUUUAAAUUAACAAACAAAUUUCAGAGUAAAUUUGAGUUUUUUUGCUGUUCUUUUUUAUGUUUUAUCUUAAUAGUCUGUAACCUCAUAGUGCCAUUUGACAGACAUGUGUUAGCAACAGCUUGUAGAAAGUUACCUAAUACCCAUGAAUAAAAAAGAAUAUUUAAUCUUUUUCAUGUGUAUUUGUACAGCUGAUAUGAUGAGAAGAAAAUUUCACAAUAAUCCGAUUUAAUAAAUAACUUUCAUUAUUUUUUAUUCCUGCUAAGCAUCCUUAUAAAUUUCUUUGAAAAGAACAGUGGACUAUUAAACGAGGAACAGCUAGAAACUUUGGAAGUUACGACUCAAUGUAUGGAACAAGUAUUCGACGUAAGAGGAUCUGAUCCUUAUCCACCCAUGAGAAAUCUUUUAGAAGUAUUUGAAGAAAAUUUUAAAAAUGGAAACAUUAUUAAAGAAGUUAAACCAAAUAUAGUUAAUAAGGAAGAAGCUGAAAAAUAUAAGACUACUGGUAAUGACUUCAUGAGAACGGAAAAAUAUCAGGAAGCAAUAGAUAGUUAUACAAAAGCUAUUUCUUUCGAUUCGACAAACCCAGUUUACUAUUCGAAUAGGGCGGCCGCUUAUAGCAAGGCCAACUUACAUGAACAGGCUAUAAGUGAUUGUGACAAAGCCCUAAUAAUUGAUUCAAGUUAUAGUAAAGCCUACGGCCGAAAAGGACUGGCAUUGUCUUCUUUAAAUAAAUUCAAAGAAGCAGUUGAAAAUUACAAGAAAGCUCUAGAAUUAGAUCCUCAGAAUGAAAGCUACAAACAAAAUUUGGUAAUUGCAGAAACUAAAGCUAAAGAAUCAGAUCCAGGAGCCUCCGGAAUGAAUUUUGCAAAUAUAUUAAGUAAUCCGGCGAUUAUGAAUAUGGCUUCACAAUUCAUGCAGAACAGCGAAGUGCAAAAUUUAAUGCAGGGUGUGAUGCAUGAGCAAGAUACUGAUCAGAAUUUAUCAUUUGAAAGACUGCUAAAUGUUGGACAGCAAAUGGCUCGACAAAUUCAAGAGACUAACCCCGAAUUGAUAAGUGAAUUAAGAGGCAGAAUGCAGAACUCUGACCCAGAAGAAAAAGAACCUAAGACUGAAUAA